GUAGUCAUUAGCGCUUAGCAUAGCAUGCUAACGCAUGCUGCGACCUCGGCUAAUUGCUCGCUUAUUUCAUUAAUAUAUCAAUCAAAUGUGAGAACAUGUUUAAAACCAACCGGAGGCAUAUAUGAUACAUGAUGUGUUGAAUUUGAGAAUGUGGUUAAUUUUGUAUUUCUGUGUGGAUAAUAAUUAUCUCUGCUAAUCGAACUAGUGCUAUGUGUUAGCAAUUAGCCUAUUGCUAUAUAUAUAUAUAUAUAUUUAUGCUAGCUAAUGUUACAAAACUGAACGAGUUGGUUUUGUGAGCUAAAACACAUGCAGUUGUGUGCAUUUGUUACUUAGAGACAAUAAUUCAAGGAAUCAUUCUGAACAUGAUUGAUAUGUGAAUGAAUUCAUGAUUUGUGUGCACUAUGCGGUGGUGAAGUUAAGAACAUUUAAAAAUAUUUCAUAUACACACCAUUUGUGUGUGGGCUGUUAAAAAUUCAUUUUAUAUGAUACACGUGAAUGGUUUACGUUCAUUGAUUUAAGUUAAAAAAGAUAAAUACUGUACAGUUGAUUUAGAUUAAUGUUAUAAAUAUAGAUAAAUGAUCAAUCUAAAGGUAAACACCUGUUUUUUUUCUGUGUUUGAAUGGAUUUUGAUGGCGAGCUAGAGCCCAGACCCGAGGAACGUGGACCAGAGCACCGUUGUCUACAUGAAAACCUAAGUCACCAAGCCAGUAUGCAGCUCUCAAACCAGCCAAAUCUCCAGGACGUGUGCUGGUUCUCCCCAUCCCGAGUCCGAUAUUGAACAAGCCCACCAUGAUCUGAAUUGUCUGAAAGAGAUGUGAAACCGUAACUGUCAUAAACUCCACAACAACAUCAACAACAAAAUCUUAAAGAGCUGCACUGACGUCAGGUUGCAUCUGUCCGUUGCAGGAGCAGCAGUUACUGCACAGUAUCCUCAGGAUUAGACACAGAGGUGAAAUCCUGCUGUGUCCGGCAGACGCCGCAGACGCCACAGUGACCACAGGCACUCGCUUGUCUUUGAUGACGAGUCAACACCUCCAUAAUUCAACGAGUUGGACAGGAAGAGACACAUUUCCAUCUCUGAUCAAAGCGCUGAGAAAACUUACAGGCAGAACUGUGCCACGGACACAGCAUGUUUCCACCUUUGUGUCAAAUCCUGAAGGAUAUCUGCCACAGACCAGGCUGCUGCUGCUCUCUGUACCAGGAGCAGAUCCAGACCAUAGUCACUACCACGCUAGGAACUGUUCAGAUUAUGGUUGGUGUGUUCAACAUUGGUCUCGGUCCAGGACGUACGAGCACACAUCCUGGAGAUGUGACAAGCUUAGGAGCUGCUUACUGGCUGGCUGCUGUGUUCAUUGUGACUGGAAUCCUGUCCAUUUUGGCAGGACAGUUCUCGUCCCCAUGCUUGAUGGGCUUCAGCGUGUUCAUGAACAUCUCAGCAGCCGUCUUUGCCGUCACUGGCUUCGCGCUUUACGUCGUCGAUGUACGAGAUGCUUCUCUCCUCUGGAUGUGUGAAGAUAAAGGUGACGACAUCUGCAGGAAGCUGGCACUCAUUGCUCAGAGCCUGUUAAGAUGUAUGGACAUCACACUGAUGGCCUUCACUGUCCUUCAGCUAUUCAUCAAUGUACAGUUUGCUAUUGUGGGCAUCAAAGAUUUGACCAGGGAGAAAGAGGAGGAGGAUGAACAAAAUGUGGACCAUCAGCAGCUGAAGUUGGAGGAACUUGUCAUGACGAGUCCUGGUGCUUCACAUUAUUUCAAAUAAAUACAUGAUUAUACUGUUGCUCACAUCUGGCCACUUGACAUCAUGUUACCGCCCUUUAAACACAGAGCAAUGACAGAAUAUCAUAUAAAAUAGCAUGAUGUUUUGUGUCUUGUGUUGUGGAUGUAGUGUGUUGGACAUUUCAGCAAGGUUGUCAGAAUAAAGUGUUCAAACAGA